CUGGUUGUUCGAUCAAAAAUUACGGGAAAUGCGCCCGUCUGAUUCUGUUGUAGGCUUGUGAGGGACCAAGUGUGGUAGGUAGGUCCUUGUAUCUGUAAUAUUUCUGUUAUUCCUGUUAUUUGUGUUUCUGACAUAUCUACUGACAAUGGGACAGACUGUGACAACCCCUCUGAGUUUGACUCUAGAUCAUUGGACUGAAGUGAAGAGAAGAGGUCGUGACCUGUCAGUAGAGGUUAAAAAAGGCCCAUGGCAGACAUUCUGCUCCUCGGAGUGGCCCAAUUUUAACGUCGGCUGGCCCUCAGGAGGAACCUUUGACUUAUCUCUUAUUUUUGCUAUCAAAGAGAUUGUUUUUCAGAGAGGACUGGGAGCCCAUCCGGAUCAACAACCUUACAUUAUAGUCUGGCAGGACCUGGUACAGAAUCCGCCCCCCUGGGUUCAGCCAUGGACUGCCACAUCCAGGCCCCCAUCUAAUCCUUGGGUGCUCGCUGUCCAAUCUUCCAGUUCCAGAAAAGGGGGCGACAGCUCGGACUCCCCUAAGAAGAUCUACCCGAAGAUCUACCCGGAAAUUCAGGCUGAUCAUCUUCUCCUCGACCCUCCACCCCCUCCUCCCCCAUACCCUCCUGCCUUGGCUCCUGUCGGGGGGCAGAGAGGACCAGCAUCACCGGAUCCGGCGAUUGCCCCCUCUGCACCACCGGGGGAACCUUCACUGGGGCCCGCACAAGAAGACCCCCAACGCCUAACUGGGCUGGUAGAAUUCCUGAUGUUCUCUCAUCAGCCC